AGAGGUGGGCCCAGAGCACUAUAGCUCCCGGCAGGCAGGCAUGGGGGGAGGGCUGUGGCUGGAGCAGCGCCUACUGGGAAUUGAAGUCCCCAGAGCCGCCCUGUCCCUCGGGCGGGUCACGCGCUAAGGCGCGCCCGGAACGUUUCUCCCCGGAACUGAAGGGCCGAGGGCUGGUUCCCGCGGCCGGGUCUCAUGGUGAACUCCUUCCUGUUCCCAGUCCGCGCCGAGCAGCUAUGGCCACGGGGCUGUUACUGCGGGCGCCUCGUCGCCUCCUGGCCGCUGCCGGCGGGGCCGGGCGGGCCGCGCUCUGCCUCCAGCAUCAGCAGCGCCGGGACAAAAAGCUCUGGCUCCGCGCCUACCUGGAGCAGCAGCGGCUGCGGGCGCCCGCUACCCGCCGUUCAGAGAAGCCUAACUGGGAUUACCAUGCAGAGAUACAGGCUUUUAGCCACCGACUACAGGAAACCUUUUCCUUGGACCUCCUCAAAACUGCAUUUGUUAAUUCUUGUUAUAUUAAAAGUGAGGAGACCAGACACCAAGAACUUGGGCUAGGCAAAGAAGCGGUUGCCCUCAAUCUCCAGGAUAAUCACAAACUUUCCGAACAAGGGGUAUCUCUUUCACGCUCUUACCUCACUCAGUGCUUUGAAGAUGCUUAUCCAAAGAUGCCCUCUGAAGGGAUACGAGCCCUCGUUGAUUUUCUCACGAGCCAGGAACUUGUGUCUUAUGUGGCCAGAAACCUAUCCAUACAGGAUUUAACACUUUGUGCAGAGUUUCCUGUCCCACCCAGUGUGCUGCAGCAGACUUUCUUUGCUGUAAUAGGGGCAUUGUUUGAAAGCAGUGGGCCGCAGAAAACAGGGAUAUUUAUCAGGGACUUCUUAAUUCCUCAGCUGAUUGGAAAAGACCUUUUUGAGAUCUGGGAUGUUAUAAACCCAAUGGGUUUGCUAGUGGAGGAACUGGCCAAGAGGAAUAUGUCUCCUCCAGAACCAAGACUUACCAGGCAGUCAGGAGCCAGUACAGUUCUUCCACUGUACUUUGUUGGAUUGUACUGCGAUAAGAGGCUUAUAGCUGAAGGUCCUGGCGAAACAGUGUUAGCUGCAGAGGAAGAAGCUGCCCGUGUGGCACUGCGGAAACUGUAUGGAUUCACUGAGAACAGGCAACCGUGGGACUACUCUAAACCAAGAGAGGGAUGGAGAGCAGAAAAGGCUAUUAGCAACACUUAGACAACUAAGCCUACUUCUUCUCUCUAUCCACAAAAGCCAUGUUCUCCAUGCUAAGUAUAAAUGUGUUUUCAGAAAAGCAAACUUCAGCAAUUCAGCUCUUUGGUAUAAAGGAUAUGUUUUGAAAAUUCCAGCCAUCCAUAUACGUUUAGAAUUCUCCAAACUUGAAUAGAUUUAUUUCCUUCUGUAAAAUGUUUCCUAUUAUAAAGUAACUGAGGAAAAUGUGAUAUUUCUUGUCAGUAACAAAGCAGGAGGGUUUUCCCCACUGAGUUCCCACUAUUUGUCUAAGAACUUGAUUAUAUGUCCAAGCACAUAACUCUUAAGAAUGUAUUGUAAUCUGUGACUGUCCUUUUUUUUUUUUUUUUAAGCAAACUGUCUCCGUAUAGGAAAAAAACUUAUGUACAGGUAUCUGGACCAGUUUUGAGAGUAUUAACAACAAAUUAGCAUUGAAUUAAAAAUGUAACAUUAGCAUGAGACGUGCAUCUGAAGUCAGUUGGCCUUGAGUUGUGGUAAAAUCCACAGAUCAGAAUACAGGAUAUGCUCUGACAUCAGUUGCGUACACUGAUGCUGUUAAGGCCUUACCAACAGUUUGCUUGCUAAUUUGGUAAUUUAUUGUUCAUUUGCCGUAGACAUUUGCCAUUUGUUUCUAGACACUGAAAGAGAGCGUAUUCUUAAUUAGAAAAAAUUGUGUUUGGAGUGACAGGGAGGAAAGAGCUUAAGUUUCUACAUGAUAUAAAAGUAAAUCAACAGAGUACCUUCUUUUCUUGUUGGCCUGGUGACUGCUAAUAUUAGGUUGACAAAAGAUCUUGGUGCUUCAUAUUCGCUAACUUUUUGUUUCACCCAUCCAAUAGACUUCACCCCUUCUUUUGAACGGCUCAGACUGAACAGUUUUCUAGGCCUGCACAAUAUUGGAUUAUAUGAAAAUCUAUUUGCCUUUGCACCACCCCUUUCUAACACUCAAAACAUUUGGCUCAAAAAGCUGCUUUAAUGAGGAUGCUACUAUAUCAUUACAUGCUCAAUACAGUCUGAUGGUUUAGCAGUGGGUACUGGUGAUCAUACAGAAAAUAACUUUUUUUCCGUUUGACAUUCAAAAUCUGUUGUGUGCAGUUGAAUCUCUGAAAGUUUGCAUCUGUACAUUCCCAAUGUGAAUAAAAGAUUUGCAUCUGGAA